AUGGAAGAAGAAAAGGGCAAAUAUCAGCUUGCUAUAGAAACAAAAGAAAAAGAAAUUGAUGGGCUGAAGAAAACAUUAAAAACAUUACAGAUUUCAAAAUACACUUUACAGAAGAAAUUGAAUGAAAUGGAUCAAAAGCUACAAUUGCACAUAAUGGCAAAGGAGGAACAUCAUAAGAAACUGAAUGAAGUUGAGAAAUGCUAUGCUACUAUCACAUGUCAAUUUAGAAUGAUAAAAGAGGCUCAUGAGAAAUUAGAGCAAAAUGUGCUGGAAGCACUACAACUUAAUGAGAAACUGGCAUCAGUGAAUAAAAGACAAGAGUCUGAAAUAGAUAAUCUAAAGGAGGAACUGAAGAAAGUAACUACAGACUUGAUAAGGUCCAAGGUCACAUGUCAGUACAGGGUGGGAGAAGAAAACAUCAAUCUUACAGCAAAGGAACAGCAGUUACAAGAACUACAACAAAAAAUCAGAAUGGAAACAGAGAUUAAUAAAAAGCUCAGUGAAGAAAAUGCACACAUUAAAGAAGAGAAACAGGAGAUUAUCAGUUCUCUACAACAUAUGCAGCAGCUGUUUCAGCGACUGACCCAAACAAAUGUCAGAAUGGAAAGUGAAUUGAAUGCACUGAAAGAAGAAUAUAAGACCCUUGAAAGAGAUAAUGAGCUGCAAAGGGAGAAGGCAAAAGAAAAUGAAGAAAAGUUCCUUAAUCUUCAGAAUGAGCAUGAGAAAGCACUAAGAACUUGGAAAAAAGAUGAGGAAGACUUGAGAAUAGAAAUGGAUGCUAUUAAAAAUAUGCUGGUAUCACUUAAAGUAGCUUACAGACAUCUCCAAGACUGCCACCUUUCUCAGAAAGAUCAACAUACUGAGCAAGAGGAAAAUCUGCAGACUAGUCCGAAAGAAAAUGCGUAUACACAAUCUACAAUAAAAAAUGAUAGUAUUUCUGGUCCUGGACAGGAAGAUGACAUUGAAGUAAAGAAUAUUGUAGGCUGCUCUUCAGACAUUGAUAAAGUACAGACCGAACCAAGUAAUGGAAGUGGAUGCAUAGAAGAGACAUAUAACAUUGUUGCCAAAGAUUUACAACUUCUUGAAAACUAUAAGGAUGAAGUUAACGUUGCUAGCCACUGUGAAGAAAAGCAAAGGGAGGCUUCUCCAGGCAAAACCCUCUGCACAGAUAUUGAUUUAAUGACUCAAGGACAGACCUCGGAAGUAUGUGUUGCUGAGUGCAAAAAGACAGCAAAUAUAGGAAAAACAGACAAAAUGUUCUUUGAGAAAAACAAUGCAAGUGCAGAACUAAAGCCACAGGACAGAUCUUGUGCAUUGGCAAAACUCCCAGAGAAAACAAGAAAGAUGCUCCUUGACAAUACUGAAGAAUUUGGUGUCUGCAGUAUGGAUGCAGGUCAACAGACAGACUCCAGCAAGCAUAUAUUUGGCAAUGCUUCAAAUGAAUUAGUUUGUAAUACAAAUGAUAAGGCAGAUGCCACACAGGAUGACAAAGGUGUCUUUAUAAAUGAAGCACCAAACAAAGAAUCCAGACAGGUUAUUGGCAUAGAAGACAGUCCUGUAACUGAGAGAAUUGCAGACAACCAUCAAACCAUGGCUGAAUUUAAUUUUGCCAUCCUGUCUCAGGUUACAGAAAGUAGUCAUACAAAGUUUCAGAAAUGUCACUUACAGGAGUCUAAUGACAUUUAUUUAGAUAAUGAACAAGACAAAACAGAACCACUUCAUCUGUUAAAUCGAAGCACCAGUGGCAUAUCCUCAGAUAUAUUUCAAUUUAAACAGAUUCAUACAGAUAUUCAAGAGAAACACAACAGUGACACUGCAAGCACAACUAAUGGAAACUGUGCACUGAACAGUACUUGUGAUACAGCAAGUGAUGCUCCAGUUCUGCCUACUACUUUCUGUGAUAAUGUAAGUGUGAACACGGACAAUACAAAAGAAAAUAACACUAGUAUGUCUCUGUUAGAGAAUUUCAAUUUAAGUACUGAAAAAACAGAUAAAUGGACAAAUCUGAAUGAUAUGCACAGCAACCAAAGUGAGCAAGACAUUUCUGGACAAACAGAAACUGAUACAAAUACAUAUGCAUGCACAGAUGUUGUUUUGCCUCUGAAUACUGAAAAUAUAUGUGCUUCUCAGACUAUUAUUCAUAAACAAAUGGUUAUAAACAAAAUUACCACCAAUAAACACAUGUCCUGGGGAAAAGUUCAUGCAAAUGAUUUUCAGAUACCCAAAGUGAAGGAUGGACAAUCCCUUGUGAUUAAUGAUAAUGCACUAGAGAAUUCAUUGUUCAGAGCAAAGAGAGAGUCAUUAAAUAGUACAGUUCCAGGAGAGAAAAUUGCUGAAGGUCGCCUGGAAGAAUCAUGUUCUUUACUCAUAAGGACAUCUGGAGAUUUAGUAAACAGAAGUGGAAGGUCAUCCUUUGAUCUUUCAACUUCAGAUAAAAAAACUGAGAAAACUCCAGUAUACUUAAGUUUUUCAGAUCUCAGUCCUUGGUUGAGAGUAAAUCAAGUUGAAAGUCAAACAGCGUGGGCUUCAACUUCUGAAGGGCCUUUCCAUUUGAAAGAGAAACUACUAUGUAUAUCAGAAAACAAAAAGAUUCUUUCAAAAGCAGAGUGUCAAAAUCUGAGCAUAAAUGCUGUCAUGAAAGAAACAGGUCUAGAUUCUACCAGUAUUAACAGAGUUGCUGACACUUUGAAUACCUCAAGUAUCCAUCGAGGUCCCAAGAGAGAUCCCAGUGAAGAAUGGAAUGCAAUAGCAAAGACUUUUUAUGAUUCUUCUUUUCCCACAGAACAUGUCAAAGCAGGAGUUACUGUAUCAUGCCACCAGCAGAAGCUUUCCCAUCUGGCUUCCAAUGUAGAUACACCAAUCUCAAGUGAAAGUUUACUCAGCAAGGAAGAGCAGAAUUGUGAUUCUCAUAACUUCUUUAUAAAAAGUCAAAUCAAUGACACUGAAAAGUUUUUGAAUUUAGAAAGGCUCCACCGAUCUAGAAAAAGGAAAUAUGAAGACAGUCUAGAAAAAGCUGCGGUAGGGGACAAAACAGAAAAAUAA